AAAGCAUGAAACGCUAUAGACUGCAGAGGAGGAAGAAAUGCAUUUAAAGCAACGAUAAAAAUGGCGUGCAGGAUAAUUACCUCAAAUUGCUAUUCGCUUGACACCCUGACACUAAUUUUGUUCAAGCCAUUGGGACAUACAAUAAGGCAAAUACACCUUCCUCGCCUGCUUGUGCAGCAUUCCCUCAGCAGUCGGAUUUUUGCCACUGCAGCUCAGCAGAGGGUGUCAGAUCUUUCAGAGUGCACCAGGUUGAAACGAGCAGAGCCUCUUAGCAACUCUCCCCCUGCGUGCCUGUGAGUGUGUGCGAGCUUAGCGUGCGGCUCGGCAGCAGCGGAAGAAAACGGAAAGAAGAGCGAGUGAGGGCGCGGGCGACGAGGGGAGGCAGCGCGGCCGGCAGGGCGAGGCGAGGCGCGGCGCGGUCGCUCGGUCGGUCUGUCAGUCCGUCGUUCUGUCGGGGAGCCCCGAUCCCUCCGCAGGCUCCCGCCGCAGGCAGCAUGGGCAGCGGCGCAGCGCAGCGGGGGCAGGGGGCGCCGCGCAGCGCCGGGGGCUCGGCGGCCAUCGCCUAAGCAGCGCCUUCAGCACCGGCAGCCCGGACAGCUCCCGGCGGGCGGCCCCGCGGCCCCGCGCCACAAGGUCAGCCCGGCGCCGAGCCCGAGCCGGAGCGGGAGCCGCGCACACGCGCAGCCUCCGCGCACACCGCGGCGCGCUCCACCCGGUCCUCUCCGGCAUGCGGCGGCUGGCGGCGGCCGGCACCGUUUCCCUGACGGUGAGACCGCCCGGCCGGCAGAUCUCCGCUUAGCUUCUUGCCCGGGAACCGUCAGGGAGGGAGGGGGGUGGGGGGAGAAUCGAGAAGGGGGAUUAUUUUUAUUUUUUUCCUCUACUUUUUUUUUUUUUUUCCGUGCCUUGCAGUACGUGCCUGGAUAGUUUGUGGAUAUAAUUAUUGACUGGAAUCCGGGCUGUUGCAAUUCUAUGUGUGUGCUGCGGGGGGGGGGGGGGGGAGAGAGGAGAAAAGAAAAAGCCCCCCCCGCUCCUCCGCUGACCCUUCUUGCUCCCUCUCCCCGCAUUCCCCCCUCGCGACCUCGACCCCCUCCCCCCCGUUGGUGGUGUUUCGGACAUUUCAUGUAUUGAAUGGACUGGAAUUGCUUUCCGUGUGAGGAGGAUGGUUGCUGUUACUUUGUGAUGAAAUCGGGAAUGAAUUGCUCGGUUUAAAAAUGCUGCUUUGGAUUCUGUUGCUGGAGACGUCUCUUUGUUUUGCUGCUGGAAACGUUACAGGGGACGUUUGCAAAGAGAAGAUCUGUGCCUGCAACGAGAUAGAAGGGGAUUUGCACGUAGACUGUGAGAAAAAGGGAUUUACCAGCCUGCAACAUUUCACCGCCCCAACUUCCCAGUUUUACCAUUUGUUUCUGCAUGGAAAUUCCCUGACUCGACUUUUCCCUAAUGAGUUUGCUAACUUUUACAAUGCAGUCAGUUUGCACAUGGAAAACAACGGUUUGCAUGAGAUUGUUCCUGGGGCUUUUCUUGGGCUGCAGCUGGUGAAACGCUUGCACAUAAACAACAACAAGAUCAAAUCGUUCAGGAAGCAGACUUUCCUGGGGCUGGACGAUCUGGAAUACCUCCAGGCAGAUUUUAAUCUAUUGCGGGAUAUUGACCCGGGAGCAUUUAGGGACUUAAACAAACUAGAGGUGUUGAUUUUAAAUGACAAUCUCAUCAGCACCUUGCCCCCCAACGUGUUUCAGUAUGUGCCGAUCACCCACCUCGACCUCCGGGGAAACCGUCUUAAAACCUUGCCUUAUGAGGAGGUCCUGGAGCAGAUCCCAGGCAUUGCUGAAAUCCUGCUAGAGGAUAACCCCUGGGACUGUACUUGCGACCUGCUGUCGUUGAAGGAAUGGCUGGAAAAUAUACCCAAAAAUGCUUUGAUCGGCAGAGUGAUUUGUGAAGCUCCCACUAGAUUGCAGGGCAAAGAUUUAAAUGAGACCACAGAGCAAGAGCUGUGCAAAAAGAACAGAGUGGAUUCUAGUCUAGCUGCUCCCCCUGCUGAAGAAGAAACCUGCGAUCCUGGUCCCAUUCCAACCCCCUUUAAAAUACAUGGCAAGGAAGACCCUGCCACACCAGGAUCUGGUCCAAAUGGAGGUACAAAGAUUCCUGUCAACUGGCAAAUCAAGACUAGACCCACUGCUGCUGUGUCGACAGUUAGCGCAAAGAGCAAGCUACUGACUACAUUGUCCUGCCCUCAGAUAUGCAGCUGUGAUCAGAUCCCUGGCUCGGGUUUAAAGGUUAAUUGCAAUGACAGGAAUGUGAGCAGCUUGGUGGAUUUGAAGCCUAAACCAUCCAAUGUGCAGGAGCUGUUUCUGAGAGACAACAAAAUACACACCAUCAGGAAAUCCCACUUUCUGGAUUACCGGAAACUUAAUUUACUUGAUUUGGGCAACAACAACAUAGCCACCGUUGAGAACAACACCUUCAAGAACCUCUUUGAUCUCCGAUGGCUGUAUAUGGAUAGCAACUACCUAGACACCCUGUCCCGGGAGAAAUUUACUGGGCUGCAAAACCUGGAGUACCUGAAUGUGGAGUUUAAUGGGAUCCAGCUCAUCAUGCCUGGAACCUUCAAUGCAAUGCCCAAACUGAGAGUCCUCAUCCUCAACAACAACCUACUGAGGUCUCUCCCAGUCGACGUCUUCGCCGGGGUCUCACUUUCCAAACUGAGCAUACACAACAAUUAUUUCAUGUACCUCCCGGUAGCAGGGGUGUUGGACCAGCUCACCUCCAUCACCCAGAUCGAUCUGCAUGGCAACCCGUGGGACUGUACUUGCCCUAUUGUGCCUUUCAAACAGUGGGCGGAGAUGUUGCGCCCCAAGGUGAUUAUGAGCGAUCUGAGGUGUGAGUCCCCAGAAGAUUUCUUCAAGGAGGAUUUUGAGUCUCUCUCCAAUGAUGUGAUUUGCCCUCAGCUGAAAAUAUCACCCACACUAAGUUCUACCAACAAAAACAGCACCGGCUUUGCAGAGACAGGCACUCACUCCAACUCCUACUUGGAGACCAGCCGGGUCUCCAUUUCGGUGCUGGUGCCAGGGCUCCUGCUGGUUUUUGUGACCUCUGCUUUCACGGUGGUUGGCAUGCUGGUGUUCAUCCUGAGGAACAGAAAGCGGUCCAAGAGGAGGGACGCCAACUCGUCUGCAUCUGAAAUCAACUCCUUGCAGACAGUCUGCGACUCAUCCUACUGGCACAACGGGCCCUACAGCACCGACGGGGCCCACAGGGUAUACGACUGCGGCUCCCACUCCCUGUCGGACUGAGGCGGGGGCGGGGGCGGCCGCCACCCGGGGACCGGCCCUGCGCUGCUAGGGAGGUACACGCCAGUCAGGAACGUCUCUGCACCUCGGCUUCUUUAUGUGAGAAAUAAAAAACGCGCGCACUCGCCCUUGUCCCCCACUGCAAGCGCUGUGCCCGGUGCUCGCUGCGGGGAGGCCGGCGCCGGGCCGCAACCCCCCCAGAUCGGCACAGCCCCCCGCGACGGGAGCAUCUCCCGCCCGUACUCCGCCGGGGCGGCAAUGGACGAGCGAAGGCACUCUUCCUGCUGCCCCGGCAGCGAGAACCACGGCCGUUGGUUUUGUUGGGCUUUUGUGUUGUUGUGCUGGGAGUCGUUUUGCUUUUCCGCCUUCUUCCCUUUUGGACGCAGCCCUCUCCGGAAGGCGAGGAAGAGGAGGGGGACGGAGGAAAGGCUAGUGUCAGCAUCCUUCUGAGAGCAAAGCAGGAGCGGAAAGUUGCACGAAGGCAUGAAUGUAAUGUAAAUAAAUGACUCCGACUCCGAAACAGACAAAUGAACAAAAGCAAAAUAAUAAUAAUUAAAAAUAAAGACAGACAAACAAUCAAACAAACAAACAAACAAAAAAAAAACAAGUGCUGCAUGGCUCGCAUGGAUACAACGCACCCCAGGGACGCUCCAGCCCCCAACUGGAAGCAACGUCUAGUUCACACCAUCAUCCCUCUUACCUGAUAAGUCCCUUCAUAUCAAACCUUCUAUAUAAGAAAUACAGUAUAAUAAUAAAAGUGCCAUUUCGCCAUUUUUGUGUGAUCAAUAGGCAGUAGAAAUCGUACUUUUACUGUGGAAAAGUGUAAAGGUUUUAUUUAAGACAUAGUUGCAUGAAUAUUCUCAUCUGAUUUUUUUUUUUUCAUUGAGGAGGGGAUGACUUUAUUGGGAGAUAUCUGUUUUCUUGAUGGUGGGUUUAAUUUCUUUGUUUGGGGGAGGGGGGAGGCUUUGAUUUUGUUUUCUCUCUCUUCUUUUUCAAUAUACAUAUUCAGUAUUGCCUUUCCAUCUGAAUGUAAAAAUUAGUACCCUUGAUUUAUAUUAUGGUAACAGUGUAAACAUUCAAAGAAAAAAAAAAAUCCAGGCAGUUAAGCAUGACCAAUUAAUGUCACUCUAGUGCUUAGGCUGCAAAGUUUAAUGGUAGAAAAUUCUGUGCUGUUGUAAAUCUUACUAUAACUUGAGGAAAUCAGAACUGAGGAAGCAAGUGAAACUUACUAAUUCUAUUCGAGGAUUUUAUAAUGGCAUAUUUUUUCAGUAUUAAAGUGAAAAUGUUUUCAA